AUGCCAAGUGUUAUUGCUGAGGUUACAGAGACAGCCAGCACAACCAAUGUUGUUGAAGAGUCCAAUGAAAGUUCGUCCGAUGAUAGCGACGAUGAAGAAGAAUCGCUUCGAUGCAUCGAUAAUAUGCCACUCUUGGAAGGCAUCCGAUAUUGGGCUCUUUCAACCAAUGCAUCAAUUCCUUCGAUAAACAAAGUGCUCAGGCUGUUCCAAAAAACUAACGCGAAAGUGCCUAAAACAGCAGAAACAUUGUUUAAAACCAAUCGCGUGCCUGCUGUGAUAAAGGAAUCUGGUGGUGGACAAUUUUGGUACAACGGAAUUAGAAAAAGUUUGUUAACAUGUGUACGAAAUAAAAAGCUCUGUGUGGAUCAGAUAUUUAUCAACGUUUCGAUCGAUGGACUCCCAUUGCACAAGUGUGGAAGCACACAGUUUUGGCCUAUUUUAUUUAAUAUUCAUGAUAUGCCACAAGUCCCGGUGAUGACGGCUGCUAUCUUUUGUGGAGUACAGAAACCCACCAGUGUUGAGGAAUAUCUUCGUCCGAUGGUGCAAGAAAUAAACUGGCUCAACGAACAUGGAUUAGAAAUCAACGGGAAACAUAUUGGAAUUAAGCUUCGGGCCGUCAUUGCAGAUACACCAGCGAGAGCAUUCAUUAAAGGAGUAAUAGGCCAUACGGGGUACAGCAGUUGCCUUAAAUGCACCGUGGAAGGCAGUUACCACCGCGCGGGCCGAACUGUUGUGUUCCCAGGGAUAAAUGCAGAGAGAAGAACAGACAAAUCUUUCAGGGAUGGCGAAUACCCAGAACAUACAAGGAUGAUGACGCCACUUUUGGAUCUUCGCAGCUUUGAUAUCAUCGAAGAUGUUGUUGUGGGGGAUCGAUUACAUCUCAUCGAUCUUGGCGUGAUGAAGCGAAUGCUUGUAGGAUGGUUGGAAGGAUCACUGGGCAACAAAAAAUUGUCGGCUGUUCAGAUUUCUGACAUGAUGAAUGCAAUGGGUAGGAUUAAACUACCAUUUGAGAUUCAUCAAGAAAAAGUGCAUCCAUCAACAAGUCCGCGACGGCGUCAGCUCAUGAACGAUCUGGUCCGUAAAACGGAUGAGAAGUUUGAUCAUUUAGAAACAUCGUGGAAUCGAAAUAACACCGGAGGAAGAAGCCGCCCUUAG